CCUUCUCGAUCUAUAUUGUGUGUCUUCUUGAUCUCUUGGUCCAUAACUCCAUAUACUCCCUCUGUUAAUAUCCUCCACGAUCUUUCUAGCUCUAUAGCUCGAUCUAUAUUGUGACCACACCAAUGGCCUCAGGUUUUGCCGGCUUUGCUCUCAAGGCGGCAGUCGUCGCUGCCGUUCUAUCUUUGCUGUUCAUCCCUUCGUUGGCCCACUGUCGACCGUCGCUCGGGCCGGUGCCACCACCGCCGCCGCCGCCAUCGCCAUCGCCAUCGCCACCGCCUCCUCCGGCGCUUCCAGUAUUAUGCAGCGACUGUCUUUCGCCAUGCAUCUCGAAGUGCAGCGUCUCCGUUCCAGCGACAUGCCGCGAAUACUGCGUCAAUUCCACAUCAUACUGCCAGACCUGCAUGGACGGGAACGAUUCUGCUUGCCGCGUACUCUGCAAACGCGACUGCGCCGGCUCCUGUCCGCCGGCAUUAUGCACCGACUGUUAUCCGAACUGCACCUCGGCGUGCAGCGUCUCCGUUCCCCAGAUAUGCAGCGAAUCCUGCGCCCCUAACUCCACUGGUCCAUUUCCAUGCCAGACCUGCCUGGACGGCUACGGCAAGCAGUGCCGAGACUCCUGCGAAACCGACUGCGUCGGCGCCGUCGGCCCUGCCACCUGCCUGGCCAUACUCUCUCCCACGCCGGCGCCGGCGCCAGCUCCGGGGCCGCCUGUGUUAUGCAGAGACUGCGUCUCGCAUUGCGGCUCGACGUGCGCCGUCUCCGUUCCCCCGAAAUGCAGACAGUACUGCGACAAUACGCACUGCGACGAGUGCAAGUCCGCCUUCAUCCACGAGCACUGCGAGGCGGAGUGCUGCAGCAACGUCGACGGCACGUGCAGCAGCUGCGGCUGCGACCGCACCGCUGACCGUGCAUGCUACGGCGCCUGCACCAGCAUCUCAUGCCAGCCAUGCCUCGAAGGGGAUGGCAAGACCUGCCGGGAAGACUGCAACGCCCACUGCACCGACACCUGCAUCAACGACUGAAGUUUGGGGGCCAAGUGGAGUAGCAACUGGUGCUUUAUUUUCUCAGCUAGUAGAUACU